CUCGUUUCAGGUUACGGUUUCAUUUUCAGAGACGAAUACGAGCAAUAAAUUUUGCUUGCAGUGGAAGAAUCUCUUUCUCUGAAGAAAAUGUCUGAAAUAAAUGCUAAAGCUAUUAGAAAGGAAAUAAAGGAAAUUUUAGUUGGUGCUGAUUUGACUCAGCUUACCUCAAAAAAAGUGAGAAAGCAACUUGAGCAGAAAUUUAACAUAGAAUUGACAGACCGGAAAAAAGAAAUUGAUGAAAUUUUAAUGAAGGAGAUAGAAGAUGCAAAUCAGAAUAAAUCAGAUGGUUCGGACGAUUCCUCGGGAGAAGAACAAGAUAACACAGAAUCAGACGAAUCAAGUUCCAGUUAUGAAGAAAUUAAGAAGUCAAAGCCAAAAGCGAAAAAUCCAGUGGCCCGGAAACGACAUGCCUCACCAGUCAGGAACUCAAAAGCAAAAUCGAAGAAGUUGAAGUCGUCAGCGUCAUCAGAGCAGACAGACAAACCAAAGAAAAAAACAGGUUUUUCUCGAGAUAUGGCUUUAUCACAAGAGCUCACAGAUUUGUUUGGAACAGACAAGCUUCCGAGAUGUGAUGUUGUAAAAAAGAUGUACGCACUUUUCAAGGAAAGAGAUCUUAUGGACCCAUCUAACAAGCAAUUCGUUAUUUGUGACGAGGAACUCUACAAGAUAUUCGGUGUAAAGAGAUUUCGUGCUUUUGGAAUGAUGAAAUAUCUCAAGCACCACGUGAAAGAUCCCAAACUUAUUCAAGAAAGCAGAUGAGAGUUCUAACAUGGUACUUGACUUCAUUAAAAAGGUUCAGUGCAUCUUAUGUUGAUAGCCUAUUUAAUAAUAGAAAAUAUUUCUGAAUGGAGUAGCCAUGGCUUUUUCUAAGUAGAAGUUAAUGCACGAAAUGUUCGAUCGCCUUUGUUGAGCCUUGCUUCAUCAUUGGCAGUUCCGUUUCGAAAGUUUGCUUCGGGCUUUCAGGAAGGGCGAGCCCAGUGACGUCAAAUGAUGUCAUUUUCCUUUCACAGUUGCUUCAUUCUACUUUUCAAGAAUUUGACUUCUUACACAACAAACGAGAGCCUUUUUACCGUUCUCGUGUAUGAUAAGUGCCUUUUAAACCGUUAUCUCAUUUGAAGAAUUAGAGCCAACAUGAGAUUAAGAACUAUUUAUCAAUUUAUAUAGAUGGUCAAUAUUUACGGAAUAUUGCUAAAAGAUUUUUAUUGUAUUUAAGCUUUAUAGAAAGCGAAUUGAUACCUAUCA